GUGAUGUCACAAUGUGUGGUGAACAGGAAAUUGAAAUGUUUAAAAUAUUAAAAAUACUGAUUGCUACCACUAGGUAAUGUAGCAUUUCCUUUCUUGUAUUUCACAGGAAUGUAACAUUUUAGAAGACUUCUAUUGGCAAAAUUUAAGUUCGAUAGAGGAUAACAGAAAAGUGAUGAAGGAAAUGAGAAGAUGGUUGUGUUUGUGUUUUAAAGACUGCUUGCUUGCUGUUCCGUGUCCCUCAGGAAUUUUAGAGCUGUUGUGGAUCCCCAGAGAUCAUCUACUCCAUCUCUCUAAAUUUACAGAUGAGUAAACUGAAACCCAGAAAGGUGGAGUUCUCUUACCCGCCCCUGAUUCCAGGAGAUGGACACGACAGUCCCACUAUACCUGAAGAAUGGAAAUAUUUGCCCUUCCUUGCCUUACCAGAUGGCGCACACAACUACCAGGAAGAUACUGUGUUUUUUCACUUACCACCCAGAAAUGGAGGUGGAGCCACUGUGUAUGGAAUCUCUUGCUAUCGACAAAUUGAAGCCAAGGCACUGAAAGUCCGGCACGCCGACGUCACCAGAGAGACUGUGCAGAAAAGCGUCUGUGUUCUAAGCAAGCUGCCUCUCUAUGGCUUACUUCAAGCAAAACUUCAGCUCAUUACGCAUGCAUAUUUUGAAGAGAAGGAUUUUUCCCAAAUUUCCAUUCUAAAGGAACUCUACGAACAUAUGAAUAGCUCCUUGGGAGGAACAUCAUUGGAAGGAUCCCAAGUACAUCUUGGUCUGUCUCCUCGAGACCUUGUACUUCAUUUUCGACACAAGGUCUUAAUUCUGUUUAAAUUAAUUCUUCUUGAAAAAAAGGUCCUCUUCUAUGUUUCCCCCGUGAGUAAGUUGGUGGGUGCCCUGAUGACCGUGUUAUCCCUUUUUCCAGGCAUGAUCGAACAUGGUCUCAGUGACUGUUCUCAGUACAGACCCCGAAAAAGUAUGUCUGAAGAGGCUGGGCUUCAGGAAAAUAACCCUCCUGCAGAUAAUUUUGUUUCUGUGUCUGCUCCUAACAUUUCACAUACCAACUUGGAAACUGUCAAGAAAAUCAUGGCAGGAAACCAUGGAGGAGAUGCUGCCAUCAAGACUGAAGAACCUUUGUUCCCAGCAGAAGACAGCAGCAAAAGACAGGAACUCGGUGACACCAACCCCUAUUUGAAACCUCCUUCUCGUCCAUCUCCAGAGUCUUCAGAAAGUGACUGGGAGACCUUGGAUCCUGGUGUCUUAGAGGACCCCACCUCGAAAGAAAGGGAGCAGGUGGGGUCAGAACAGACAAACUCUUUUCCAAAGGAGUCAGUGCCCUCGGACAGUCCUCCAAUUACUGUGCAACCUCAAGCUAACGUGGGCCAGGUGGUCCUGAUCCCAGGGCUCAUUUCCGGUCUGGAAGAGGACCAGUAUGGCAUGCCCCUGGCCAUCUUCACAAAGGGAUAUCUGUGUUUGCCGUACAUGGCGUUGCAACAGCAUCACCUGCUCUCUGAUGUCACCGUUCGGGGAUUUGUCGCUGGAGCUACCAACAUCCUUUUUCGACAACAGAAACACCUCAGUGAUGCCAUUGUGGAAGUAGAAGAAGCUCUGGUCCAGAUCCAUGAUCCAGAACUCAGGAAGCUGCUCAGCCCCACCACUGCAGACCUCAGGUUCGCAGACUACCUGGUGAAGCACGUGACUGAGAACCGGGACGAUGUCUUCCUGGAUGGCACGGGCUGGGAGGGGGGUGACGAAUGGAUCCGAGCCCAGUUUGCAGUCUACAUCCAUGCACUGCUGGCCGCCACGCUGCAGUUAGAUAAUGAGAAGAUCCUCUCGGACUAUGGGACAACCUUUGUCACAGCGUGGAAGAACACUCACAACUACAGGGUCUGGAACAGCAACAAGCGCCCGGCGCUCGCGGAGAUAAAUCCGAACCACCCUUUUCAAGGCCAGUACUCGGUGUCGGACAUGAAGCUGCGAUUCUCCCAUUCUGUUCAAAACAGUGAACGUGGCAAAAAAAUUGGAAACGUCAUGGUCACAACCAGCCGGAAUGUUGUCCAAACAGGAAAAGCUGUUGGCCAGUCCGUUGGAGGAGCUCUUUCCAGCGCAAAGACGGCUAUGUCUUCAUGGCUGUCCACCUUCACCAGCUCCCCGGCCCAGAGUCUCACCGAGCCGCCCAGCGGGAAGCCCUGAGCAGGGGUCAAGAGGCUGCUGUCGCUUUCUUAGGCUGACGUGUCUCCUGUCUGCCUGCUGCUCCCAGACUGUUCCUCCUCAUUGGCCACAGGUCCACAGCAGGGACCGACACGUCGAACUGUUUACAUGGACGGUCACCCUCUGUCUAAAUGAAUGUCACAGGACGCUGGAAAGAUGAAAUCACAACCGUAGCAGGGAUGGCUUUCCAGGUCGGGGUUUAAGUUGACUACUUUUAUUCAGUCUGAGCCUGAUUAAAACAGUGUCCCUUUUAAUGAUUUUCAAGUUCUGACAGUGUACACUUGUUUACUUUAGGAAAGUUUUGACUUAAUGUAUAUUUUGCUCCCUUUUGCUGUUUAACUAGCUGGACAGUCACUAUAAUGUAUAGUGCUAAAGUUGUUAUACCUGUAUUUCAGUUUCUCUAAAGUUGGGCCUGAAAUGUGCUUAUAAAGUUAAGGGGCUGUCCAAUCCAGCCCUCUGUUAUUAUUUUGCUGAGUUACACGAUGAUUUUUGUUGCUUGGUUUUCUACCUACAAACUGUCGAUUCACUUCCUCCGGAAAUGUGGGAGUUCUGAGGAUGCAGUGUUUUGUUUCCUGUUUAGUUUGUUCCUUCCCAACCCUAAGCACUUGCUGAGGCCUCGAGCAGUGUCGAGUGCUGUCCCUCUCGUUGUCCAGGUAGGGUGCAGAGGACCAGCGGGCUGCCGGCUGCCGGCGCCGGAGCGUUUGGACUGGAACUCGCCUUUAGGGCAGGACUUUGGAAGACCUCGGUGUCGGUUCCGUCCACUCUAGUCGUGUUGCAAUCUUUUACAAGCAUUGUAAACCCAGCGUGUGUGCCUUGUAUUUCUCUUCCAUUGGGAGUUUACAGACCUACAGGUUUCCUCUUAGUCUUACUCUCUGUCAGCUUUUCAAGGCGCUUGGCUUUCCCAUUUCCCUGAUGGAAAAUCUUGUCAUCAGUCCUGUCUGAAAGUAUUUUUAAAAGGAACGCAAGAUGAUCUGUAAAUAUUAAAUAGAAAUCUCCUCUUAGCUCACAUUUAGGAAAGCAAGGAGCAAGGACAAGAAAACUACAGCCAUGACAUCAGUCAUGUUUCCUAAAGAGCAUCUGGUUUCAUUUUAGACACGUGCACAGGUGUGCUGUCUGUGCAGAUUUUCCACACCUGCACUCGUGUGUCUGCCAUGCUCAGCUGUCAUUUGCUUUCCAUGGGGACCUGGGAUGGGUGUUCUCAGGGAGUGUUUACAGGGGCAGACUGUGCUUUCGGAGAAUACGUGGCAUAAGCUACCUAUGAUGUGAAGAGUAUUGGGAGGUAAGGGACCUAGUUGAGGAAGACACUUGGUUAUAUUUGACUUAUCCCUUAGGAAAUGUUUAUGUACAUAAAUCCUUCUAGGGCAUGUGAAAUGGUCAUAGAACGUAAUCUAAACAUCCCUAAAUUUUCCACUUGUGUUUCAACACAAGCCCCGGAAAUCUAAAAGCAUAAUUCCAUUUGACUCGGGGUGGUGAACACACAAUACAAUAUACAGGUGAUGGAUUAUAGAACUGUAUAUCUGAAACCUAGAUAAUU